GCCACGAACCAUUUUAAGGGAUUCGAUAACACGAUUACACAACAGAGUCUAGCAUGUCGUUAGGCCAAAAUUCCUUGACUAUAACCUUACCUAGCCCAUUGUUACAAAAUGUUUGAGCGGAUGCCUAUUUUUGAAAGAACGGCAAGAAUACAAAAAUGUUUGACAGCAUUUGAACGGCACCUGCCGGCCAACCCCAACCAUUUCUGUCUUGAUGCUGUUGUCUCAAGUUUCUUCUCAGUUUGCUAAGCUAAGGUUGACAUUAAAGAGAGAAGUGUGAAAGGAAAGCAGAAUACUCCAUGCAUAUACUGAUCCAAAGAUCGGCCCUGUCCUUUUUCAAACAGCGGCAGAAAGUUCAAACCAGAAUUAAAUAGUGGGAAACGAACUAAUACGCCAGAAAUAUAUGUAAAAAAAGGUACAAUAAUGUUGAAUUUGGAUCCUCAAUUGUUAAUUACUUUCGAUUAUGUUCCAUGACAAAUGUUUUCAUGUAAAUUGGUUGUGGAUCCUAUGGUCUGCCAAUAGCAAUUGUUAGUGUCGUCGAACAAUUGAUCAUCAUCUUUAUCAUAUUACAAUACGCUCCCAAUGUGCAACACUAGCUUGCGGAUUUGACUUCGAAUGGAAUUGUAUUCUAUAUGGAGAAGUCCUCCCUCUCGAGUGUCGACAUUAACUGUUGACGAGAACAAUCGCAUGGCAUCUGAUGAGGAUGGUUAAUUGGUGAUUAAUUGUUAAACGACAAUAACUAUUGCUAUUGGCAGACCAUGUCGAUGGUUUGCACCGCAUGCUCGGAGUAUGUAAUGUUGAUUCUCUGCAUAGAAAGAAAUGCGAGGCAUGAUAACCCCCACCAGUUGAACAACUGGAAAGAAGCUCCGCCUCUUGACAGUGCAUCAUUGAACGACCGGUGCAAGCAUGUUUUGUUGAGCCGAUGGUAUCGUAAACAAUGAAAUAAAUAGCAAACCACAAGUAUGAAUUUGAAAACCAAUAACCUUGUAGAUGAUAUUGAAGUAAAGUCAUACACUCAUACUAAAUGUACUCAAUUGAAAAAUAUGCCACAACAAAAGGGACUACAAACCUCCUUAUGGUACAAUAUACCAUUUGCGGUCUCAUACAUGCAUAUACCCCACACUACAUCUAACCAUCUCCCCCAACUACCCCAAUGGACAAUUCAAAUGAAGUCCACAAAACCCAUCUCUAUAUAGUCUAAUAUUGAUCUUAUUAUAUCAUUUCACCCCCUAAAUCACAUCAAAUUUGACCCUUUUCCCCAUUGCCCACUUCCACAAUCUUCCAAAAGUUCCAUUCACUCACUUUGCUGUAUAUAUACACAUAAACAAUCACCUCCUACAUCACUUCCCACCUCCACCAAAAUACCUCUCUUCCCCAACAAAGCCUCCCUCUCUUCACAAACCCCAAACAAAAGGAGAAAACAAGACAUCAAACAAUCCCACACACAAGAAAGAAAACAUCAUGAUGAGUGGAUAUUCCAAGAUGAGCAAAUCCAUUGGAGACUCCAACCUCAAAUCACCAGAUUUCAAUCCCAAUAACUCCUCUCCACCAUCCCCACAACAACAACAACACCCCACAAAGCCAUUCAUCAUCCCCUGCUCCAACAAAUCCCCAUCAGCAGAAGCAGGGGAGCUGAGGCAGGAAACAGAGCAGAUCAAUCAGCAGCAGCCACAGCUGAGGAGGAACUCAUCGGUCUCGGCCGCGGCGAGUCGGGUGAAGAAGAGAGCUCUGUCCUUCUCCGCCAUGAGGAGAUCCUCCUCUGUCUCCGAGAGGUAUAGCAGGAUCCACGACCAAUCUGAUUUCCUAGCAGACGAUGAUGAUCAUCAUCAACAUGAUCAUGUUCAUGGAUUUGGGAACAUGGGUUCACUGCCGGAAGCUGCAGCAGCUGAUCACAAUCGUGGGUCUUCGAGAUCUGAUCAGAAGAAGAAGCUUAUGAGCAGAAGCGGGAUCAUCAGAGCCUGUAAGAAAGUUUUGGGACUCUAAAUCAUUAAAAAGUUCCUUUUUUUUUUCCAGUAAUGGUGAUUUUUGGAGUUCAAUUUACAGAAAAGGGUUCUGAAAGUUGUUGUGCUGAUGUACUGUAGAGUAUAAGUUAAGGUGUUUUACCAGAGAAAGGAAAUUUUUUGUGGAUCUACCUGUUUCUUGUUCUUUAUUUGGGUGGUGGAGAAAAGUAUAGUGAGAACUGAAAAGCGGGAGGUGAGUUUGACUUGGUGGUUAUUCAAAUCAAAAGUUCCCUUUUCCCCCAGUUUGUUUAACACUGCGGAGACAAAUGGGACGGUGGGUCACUUGGUCAAUGAUAUUCCCACGUGAAUGUCCAUAGAAAAAUGAUAACGAAAUCGGAGGAGUCGUUUGCUUGUUGGAUUUGAAAAAUGAGGGUUUUGGUCAAUAAAAAUUUUGAGAUUUAUGUUGAAUUUAUUGGAUUAUGGAUUUGAAUAGUCUAAUGUUUGCAUGAUAGAUUUGACGAUGUAUUUGUUAAAUAAAUAACUAACCAUCAAGGAUUUGCAAAUACCAAAUCAAUAUGUGGGAUUUACAAGUCCGUGGGGUCCACGAAUUUGGUUCCAAAAUAAAGACCAAAUCCGUGGACCCCACGGAUUUAGCACCCUUCUACAAGCAAUGAACUUAUGUUAAAUCCAUCAAACUUGGGAUUUGGUACCAAAUCCAUGACCCAAAUCCAACAAGCAAACGACCCUUUAAUUCGUCUUAACAACGUGGAAUUCUAUCCGAAGUGAUGUUCAAAAGUUUUAAGCAUGGUCCAUGAAACCGUACCGGAGGCUGUACCGGAAAAGUCAGCGGUAGGGUAUUUUGUGGCAAAACCGUGAUUUAAUCGUAGUUCAACCGUUAGUACCGUUAAAUACCGCCUAUCAAUUUAGCCUCUGAUACUGGUACUAGUUUUUACCCGACCCGUUGGUCGGAUGAAUUUUGCUUUAUUUUAUGUUGAUCAAUUUUUUCAUAUUUUUAAAUAAUUUGGGAUCCUCUAAAAUAUUUAAUUCAUUAUUUCAAAGUAAUUUUUAUCAUAUUUUUUUAUUAUGACAUUAGCGAUAAUUAGUUAAUAUUUAUAUGUGUUGAUAAAGUCGUUCUAGUUUACUGUUGUUUAUAAGCUUUUCCAUAUUUUAGAAGAAAUUUUUGUACUUCUUAUUGUCGGAUAUGUAUUUAGAGUUAGAAGAAAAUAUAUUAUCAUUUAGAAUUGGUAGGACUUAAAGGAGUAGAACCAUAUGGAGUAAAACCAUGUGACAUUUUUGCGCUAAUUACUGCCACCCGGCUCUUUGACCGGAUGAGUUUGGUUUUGUGUUGAUUAAUUAUAUUUUUGUGUUCAUUGUCAUCUGAAAUAUUUUUGUUCUUAAUUGUUAGCUAAAUUAGUCAUUUGAUCUUUUAUAUUUUUUUCCAUGUUCUUGAAAACAAAGCUCUACUAUACCUGUUGUCGGAAAGCAAAAUCACAAAGGGUUCAACUUAACCUCACGUGGCUAACAGGAUUUCAAUAAAUUAUCACCCUUAUAAAAUAAAAUCGAGUCCAACAAAAACUUGAGACUCAUCAUAACAACUCAUAAGUAUUCCAUUCUCUAAUUUUGAAGGACUAAAAAAUCUAAUUAGGCUUCGAGACAGAAUUUAUAGUGUUUUAGUGCAAUUGUUAUAUAUAGAAUUAACCUUUACAUUCAACAGUCCUUCAAAACAAAAAAGAUUCACAAUAAACCGUACUAAUCAGCACAUGUAAAGUAGGACUGAAAAUUUGUCUGUCCCGUCCUUGUCUCGUCCCUGUCCCUGUCUGACCCGUCCCUGAAAGGUCAAGAUGUAUAACCGUCCCGUCCCUUCCCUGUCUCCUUCUUGACCCUAUCUCAACCUCAAGGGUUGGGACGGGACGGGUCGGGUCAGUGGGUCGACGCUAAUCAACACACUACUUUUUU